AUGUUUCGAUUUAAUUCGAAAAACUUAUUCCGAAAAUCGCCUGUUCUUCGAGUUUGGGCUUUGGAAGACGAUGACCCCAACGCGCCUCCGACGACCUUUAAGAACGUGAAGCCCGGGCGUUUGCUGCGGCUGUGGCGGCAGAUACGUCACCGUGCCUGGGUAAUGUUUGUCUGGGAUGAGGAAUUGACCUCUUCGAACACGGAGGGGUACCUGCACCAACAGCGUCUGGAGCAGAUUUGCUUUUCACCACUUUCCGCGUAUGGCAUGGUCCCGGGUAGUUAUUGCGAUCCUCUCCUCUACAACACCAAGAAUACGUCGCCAUUUCGCUGGCAUAUGGCGAACGUCUCCAGCGACGUGGUCGGGCACUGGUACAUGGAGGCUGAUGAGAUCUUUCGCAUCAAGGACUGGAAGCCGAAGAACCCGGACGACCCCUUCGAGAUGUUCCCGAGGCCGCCGCAGCAGCGCCUGGAUUGGGAUGAGACCGUCGAUGAGCACGGCAAUCGGACCUUCCGUUAUAAGUAUAACUACGACAUCUGGGGGCCAACCGGGAAGUGGGAGUGCUACCCUCGCUACCCUUUUGCCCACCUCCACGCGAGCAGCCAGGACCACCACGGCCGGGCGGAGGGCUACGGCUUCAAACAGGGCCACCUGCUCCGCUGUAAUGAGGAGGAGGAGGAGGUCCUGCGCCGCAUCAUGGAGGAGGAGGACCGGGAGUGGGAGAUGGUGAAGCGGACGGAGGUGGUGCAGGAGCCAUGGUCGUACCCGGGCAAGAUUCGCCCUCAAGACUUCCUCGGCGCGGUCGAGCGCGCGAAGGCUCGCUUCCGCGAACAAAUCAAGCAGGGAAAAGAGACGGACCCGAGCGAGGACCCCGACUACGACCUUGUGCAAUCUGGCGAGUUUGUCGAACCGCGGGAAGGCCCGCGGGCUGAGUGGCGCCACUUGUGGACCUCCAACCAAGGCGCGAACGGUAAUCAAUCUUACCAGGUCACCUUCAAUGACGGGUUCCGUUUUGAAGACAACGAGGGAUGCCCCCCGUCGCACCCGGCGAGUCACUACGAGGAAACCCCUAAAGAUCCAAGCUAUAAUAUUUACUUGGAGCAGGACGAGCGCGAGGCACGCACCGCCGCCGAGGAGCAACGCGCCGCCCACGAGAAGUCGUUCCAGGAGGCGAUGGAGCGGCAUCGCAAGCUGUUCGGCGAUACGUUCGGGCCCCCGACGGGGCCGACACCGGGGCUUCCCACAGGUUGCGCCCCCAUGAAGGACGCCCCGUCAACGACGCCGGAUGCGGCAAGUCCUACCAGCGAAGCUUCCGACAAGCCCACCCCUGGCGGGGAUAAAAAGCCGUAG